UUAUUUAUGUAUUAGUGUUGUUUGUUUACAGUCAUGCUGUUACACACUCCUGUACAGUAGGGGGCGCCAUGCACCUUAAACGUUGGUUUGUAGCCCGAUAAUAAAGCUAAAGAAGAAGACGAAAGAAUCCGCUACGUACGCAGUCAGUUUGGUGUUGAUGGUUGCUACCUGCUGAGGAUGAGCCCACAAUAUGUCAGGGCUGACCUGAUCACAGCAACGUCUGGCGACUUUGACGUGUUCCUCCACCGUCCCAGCUCUGUUGGGUAGGACGGCGCUCCCUCUUACGGUCUGCUAAGGUCUUUUCCCCACCCCCUCCCCCACCCUUUGCCUGCCACAUCCACCUCCUCCAAAGACCUCCAAACAACCUGGGAUUGUUCUCUACCAGCCCUACAGAGACCCUCUGCCAACGCGCCGCAUUUAAAAAAAGGAACAAUGUAUUGCCUACAGUGGCUACUUCCGGUGUUGCUCAUCCCUAAGCCGCUGAACCCAGCGCUGUGGUUCAACCACUCCAUGUUCAUGGGCUUCUACCUGCUCAGCUUCUUGCUGGAGAGGAAGCCCUGCACCAUCUGUGCCUUGGUCUUCCUGGCCGCCCUCUUCCUCAUCUGCUACAGCUGCUGGGGCAACUGCUUCCUCUACCACUGCCAGGACGCCACACUUCCAGACGCUGCCCACGACCCGGCUAUUAUCGGGACCUAGGAGAGAAAAAAAAAAGGGGAUAUCAGGAAGAGGGAAUGGGGAAUGGGGGGGGGGUGGGGGGGUGCAAAGGGUGAUGAGGCGUUGCUGGAGAAUGAUACUGCCAUACUAAAGAGGGGAUAGGCUACACUUUGGGGGGGUGGGAGAACGGUGUAGAGGUGGCGAUGAAGGACUGCUGGAGGGGGAUACCGCAAAUAAAGAGAGCGCUCUGCCAAAGGCGUUUAUUGAAGAGGAAGAAGAGCCAGUUCAGAAGGAUUACGGGAGGCUGCUUUGCCAUGCUGUAAGACAGACAGACUUGACUUUGAGGUGGUAGGAGGGGGAAGCGAUGUCAGAGGAGACAGGAAGGGAAAGGGGGGAGGGGGGGUGGGGGCAUCCAAUCUUGAAAUGCAUAGAAAGGAAAAUUUCACCUUCUGCAAUUUUUUUUUUUUUUUUUCUUCCAGCAUUUGAAUGAAAAUUAGACAGUAUAUCCACCACAUGUGACGUCUACCUAGAGUGACCACUGUGUUUCAGUAUUCUGGUUUCUUUCUAGCACUCUGGCUUGACGACGUCAGACUUUGCUCAAGAGAGACGUCGCUUUUGCCAAAAACCUGCUAAAUCGUCUUUUCAGAAUGAAAAUACCCUCCACCUCAAACUGCCAAAAGUAACGCCAUCCUGCUAAAAGCUCCAGACCGAGUCGGAUGUUCCCAAGAUUCACUGGCAGCCAUGCUUGCUUCUCAGUCCCGUACCGUUGCGGUCGCUGACAGGCUUUAUACGCCAGGUAGUGUUAAGAAAUUCUUGGCAUCUUGACAUGGUCCCCCUCCAAGCUCUAGAGAAAAGAGGGGCAACAUGUCUUUUACAGUCCAACCUGACCAAACUCUGUCGCCACUUUGGCUCCGCACACGUAACGCUAUCCUCAACAAGGAGAGCACACAGACACUGGACAAUCAGUUAACUAUGCUGUGAGUAACUUUCUUUGCCGCAUCUCCACACAAACGCAUAUCAGAAGGUGUAAUGAUGCUGAGAAACUGUCCCAUUGUUAUUACCCACAGUGCUCUGCAGCUACCCCUCUCUUUGUCUUCCUGGCUCCUCUUCCUUCUCUCGCUCAAAAUAAAUUUAUUUAGUUUUUCUUGUG